AUGGUUCAAGCCAAAGGGUUGAUGAGAACCUGUACACCAAUUCCGGUAUUUCUGUUCGAAUUGCCUCGGCUCCAAAUCAGCUUGAAAGUAAUCUCUUGUGAUUUAAAAUACCACCUUGGAACUACCAAAAAACCCCCCUCCUCAACCACCGCAAUUUCCUCCCCUAAAUGGUCAAAUCCUACCUCCGAUUCCAGUACACAAACCACCAAUGACCUCGGUAUAAACUCUCGAACUCAAGCAACGCCAAUUACAUCUACCACGGCAAAGGAACAGUUGAAUACCAACCUCGACUGCCAUUCCAAUCCGUUACCCGCCACACUAGACCCAGAACCGCAACAACCACGAUCAACCUGUUCUCCCCAACCUCUCCAGCCGACACGGGUCAUUACUUCGUCGCCCCAUAACCAACAGCCAACCUACGCCUCUAUUCUUCAACGCCCCGCCUCUUCAACGCAAUCGACACCUAAACCAGACAAACCUGUCCCUCCCACCAUACCCACACUCAGAAUCGAAGGUCUUCAUCGCCGUUUUCACAAUAAAUCAUCACCUUUCCAGCUCGAGAAGAAGCGAAGCCAGCGCUCAAUGAAACGAACUCGGAACAAGCCCGCAACUGCUACACAGUCACUGUCUAGAUUCUUAGCUUCUGCUUUACCCGCGUUCUCGCGGUUUCUAACAGAGAUGCAGCCAAAAUCGGAUGCUUGCUAUCCGUCGCAUUCGCAAUUCAACUAUAGCCGCGCCAUGAGGGCAGCCUAA